GAUAACGGGAAGGUACAUCGGAAACGUACAUCUCGAACUUAGAUCGUCGGCGAUAGGAUAGUGCCGAUUUUAGGCCUCCAAUGAAGCGACUUAUCGAAAUUGCCGAAUUGCGCUGUCCGAAGUUUAUUGAAAAGGUGGCUCGUGCGCCAACUUGGUUUUGCCAUUGCUCUCAGGGCUGUCAGGCGCUAUUGGUCAGCUGAACCUUCCCGCUUCUUCGGUGUUCGAUGUACCUAAAACGUCCCUGCCUACGAGUCGCAUCAUCGUGCACCUGCACCCUUUACGCACUAAUCCCGCCCUUAUGCCCCCCGUCUUGCGUCUGCGUGUCGCAUGUCUCUCCCUUUUACAACCAUCAUCAUCAUCAUCAACCGACUUUUUCCAUCCAUCGAUCCUCACGCCAUCUCUUCCCUAGUCUCUCUUCUUCGAUACCCACUCUCCUUAACAGGCUAGGAAAUUCAUUCCUGUCCCUAUUUUUUCUUCUUUUUUAUCUUCGAACGAAAUACUUCCUGCGACGACGACAUUUUCCUUUACGAGCCCAUACACACCACAUCCGACUUCCGAUUCCUCCUUAUCAUCUGUUUCAUUUUGGUUUCUUACUCUGAACGAUGUCUGGACGUUACGAGCGGGUUAAUACCCAGGACGACGAGCCAGAUACUCCAACCGCUCCUACUUUAUUGCGACGGCCGCAAUCUAUACCAAACUCGCCUCCGCCCUCGUUUCAUUCGCGAAGUUCCUCGUUCGAACGAAGGAGGCAGAAUGUGGAUCCUACCUUAGCUGACGCGUUCGAUACUGACGGCGACGAAAGCGAUGACGAACCCGACGACAGGCAGCGACUAGUACGACAGAGUUCAUUUCCGGUUUCUAAUAAUUCUGCCAGCCGUAAUUCGAAUGGAGGGGACGCGAGAUCAUCCGCUCCCAGUGGACCCCCUGGACAACCACAAUUUUCGCCCAGCGGAGCCAAUUCUCAACAAGCUGGGUCUAGGGUGUACGGCGGCGGAAUUCAAUCCGAUGGAGUCUUUUCCAAUAUGAUGGCUCGGCCGGAGAGGGGGGAGAAAGUUGUGGAAGAGGCACCUCCCACAUACGAACAAGCAGCAGCAGAUGCCGCGCCGCCCUACUGGGAAACUACAAUUCUAGCACCGGGUCUCGGCGGUCCCGACGAUGUGUACAUAGAUGGAAUGCCCGUCGGCUCGAUAUUCAGUUUCAUCUGGAACGGCAUGAUCAGCAUGUCGUUCCAGCUCGUGGGCUUCCUUCUUACGUACCUAUUGCACUCCACUCACGCCGCAAAGAACGGUUCUCGCGCCGGACUCGGCAUCACGCUUAUCCAAUAUGGUUUUUACAUGAAAGGAUCUUCUGCCAACUCCGGGGGCAUGGGCGGUGCACCUACGGACGGGUACGCGCAGCCUCCGGACCCGAACAGCCACGACUUCGACCCCAAUGCUGUGAGCCAAAGCAACGGAGACGGUUCAAGCUUAAGCGAUAUCGCUAGCAGCGAAUGGGUAGCGUAUUUACUCAUGAUCGUGGGCUGGUUCAUCUUAAUUCGGGCGGUUAGCGAUUACAUCAAGGCCAGGAAGCACGAGCAGCUAGUCCUCCAGAGCCCAGAUCGAGGACUGGGUAUACCAAUUAUUGCGGAGGGCGAGAGAGCGGAAACGGUUGUUUAAUACCAUUUCAUAGUGAAGUUCCUGUCUAUCAAAACCGGUGGU